AUGGCAAUUGAAGUGUGUUCUGAGAUAUCCAGCGCAGGAAUCAGCCCUCGCAUCUCAUUCUCACACGAUCUGAAGAACACAGACGAUGAAAUAGUCCCUGUUGAAGAUCGUCAUCGUGGAUCAGACCUGUGCCUCUUGGACUCAAGCUCCGAUUUCGUGUUUUGCAUCACCAAUGGCUUAGCUCAACAACUCUCUUCAGCUGAUGAACUCUUCUCCAAUGGCAAGAUUGUUCCAACGGAGAUCAAGAAGGUUUCCAAUGCCACACAUGAACCCCAUCAACCUCCAGAACCCGCUCGAUCUCAACCUGCAAACACUAGAUGUACGGAGAAGAAGAGGCUCAAAGAGUUCUUAUCUGCAGCCUCUGAUGAAGCAGAGAACGAAGAUGAGAAGCCAUCAUCCAAGUAUUUCUGGCAAUUCAAGCGAAGUAGCAGUUUGAAUUUCGAUACCACUCGUGGGAAUGGCUUGAUUCGCUCGCUACAGUUCCUAUCACGAAGCAACUCGACUGGUUCAGCACCGAAUCCAAAACAAAGAGAGCUUCCAAGGGAGACCCAGAAGCAGAGGUUGCAGAAACAGUCCUCUGUUUCAAGCAGAAGGUCAUCAUCUUCCUCUUCAAGUUCAAGUACAUAUUAUUUUUAUAGUUCGUCUCAAAAACCUUCGUUAAAGAAAAAUGGUGGAUCCUCUGGUGCUGGUAAUGGUGUUAGGAUUAGUCCUGUUUUAAAUCUACCACAAGCAUAUAUUCCCAAAGCCACUGCCAGGUUUUUUGGAUUUGGUUCAUUAUUCUGUAAUGGCAAGAUUAAAAGAAAGAAGAAAUAG